CAGGAAGCCGGCAUUUUCACACACGCGAGUGGAUUUAUUCCUUCCACACGCACCUGGGUCCCAUGACGACCCCGUACGUCUCUGUCGCCACCAGCAGACGUCCUCUACAUCCGAGUUUCCCAGAACAAUGUCAAAGUACAAUCCACUGAGUCACUAUUGGUUCUGCGUCUCCUUCGGGUAUCCUUGGCGCUCUCUCAUUGGUCUCCUUUGGUCCCCCGGAUGUCGGCCCGACUCCUCCCCUGCAGACUGGCGUGCUGGCUCCUCCUGGUGGUGGUUUCCUGACAGCAGUUUUUCCACCAACUGCCUCCGAGUCCUGUCGUCUCCGCAUCCUCCUUGCAGUUCGCGCCGUCUGUUCUAAAACACUCCAAUCUUGCACCACGUACCCUGUUUCGUUCCACCAGUCACACGCUCAGCACUUUACAGUCUCGCACUUUCAUACACAGGAUGCAGCAACAUCUAAUGAACUACUUUAAGCUCAAACUCUUAUAUUCCUUUUGGACCUCGGUGAGCGUGCGCUGACCCUCGUGGGUCGGUAAAAUUUAGAGCGAUCCAACACAUUGUCCAGUAGGGUGACGAUGGUGCAAAUGGCGCAGAAAGUCGUCGGUCGGUGAGCGAUGUGCAAAAUAUUGCGAAUUCAAUGACGGACAUUCAAAGGCUAAGUAAGGAUGGAAAUGUGAAUCACACGCGAGUCAUCUUGUUAGAUUGCACAAUUCAUGGAAUAAGUUAGUGUGGGGGAUGGAAGUUGUUCUCUUUCCAAGAAGACGGAGAGCGAGAGAGAGAGAGAGAGAGAGAGAGAGCGGAAGCGGAAGAACGGCUGAUGAUCCACAGCCAAAAGCAACAUUUGCUGUAACUUCCUCGUCCUCUUGAAGCUGCCGUAGAGCGACGCGACAAAACUUGACGGGGACAAAUACUACAAAUACAAGGAUUACGCUCCCCGAGAACUCCAGCGGCACGCAUCUCGCGUGCAUCGACGUGUUCGGACGCACUUUAAACGCGCCGGCAUCUCGGAGGACGAGAACGAGUCGCCGUGGCAACCAGAGACGGGAAGUGUCCUUAUCGGGACCGGACAGUGAUGUGAAAACAGGAAACGGAGCAAAUACUUUCCGCACGCUCGGCCGCGCUGCGAUCGUUGUCCGACUACCCGGCACGCACUUCGUCUCUCACAGCUGGCGGCCAGCUGACUCCUCCAAAGCCAAACCAUCUGGACCACGUCGGGCUCGGCCUGGAACGAGACUGAGAAACUGCCCUCGAAAUUGGGGGGAUGAAUCGUCACAAAGACAAUUAAACUUGUCCAGGAGGUUUCUGUCAACUUUGAGAAAUUGGAAAAUUCAUUGGAAAAUCGACCAAAUUCACGAGAGGAAAGAGAGAAAGACGAUGAAGCGCUUUCGCUUUGGGCUUCGGGUCUUGGUCCGGCUCUGGCUGCUGCAGUCCGUCCUCGGCGCGUCGUCGUCUCCCGCUCCCGCCGAGGAAUGUUCCGGCAUGUCCGUGCGUCUGCGGGCCUUCCGGGUGAAGGUGUCGUGCAACGUGAGCACUCUGAACGACAAGCAGCUGAAGGAGAUCCAGGCCCCGACCACCAGGUUGUAUCUGCCGGGGCUCUACCUCCUGGCCUUGGCGACGGGUCUCCCGGCCAACCUGCUGGCCCUUUGGAUCCUGGUGUUCAGAACCAAGCGUCUCCCGUCCACCGUGCUGCUCAUCAACCUGACGGCGGUGGACUCUCUACUGCUGCUGGCGCUGCCCUUCCGCAUCGUGUACCACUUCCGAGGGAGCCACUGGGACUUGGGCGAGCCGUUCUGCAGGAUGGUCACGGCCGCGUUCUACGGGAACAUGUACGGGUCGGUGCUGUGCCUGGCGCUGGUAGCCCUGGACCGCUACGUGGCCCUGGUGCACCCGUUCGGCGCCAAGACCCUGCGCAGCCGUCGGACGUCUCUGGAAAUGACGGCUCUGGUGUGGGCGGCGGUGCUGGCGGCCAUGUUGCCGCUGCUGAUGUCGCGGCAGACGUACACCCUGGACCGGCCCGACAUCACCACCUGCCACGACGCGCUUCCCCAGCGCGAGCAGGAGAACUUCUUCCUGCCUUACUUCGCCACGCUGUUCACGCUGGGCUUCCUGCUGCCCUUCGGCGUCAUCCUGUUCUGCCACUGCGGCGUCCUGCGAGCGCUGCUGGCCGAGGGCGAGCGGUACGCCCACGCCGUCCGGGUCACGUUGCUGGUACUGCUGGUUUUCGUGGUCUGCGUACUGCCCAGCAACGUUCUCCUGCUCCUCACCUACGCCGCCGACGACGUCGGCGAGGACGCGUACGUGCCGUACAUGCUCAGCUUGGCCGUGAGCACCUUCAGCAGCAGCGUGGACCCCUUCAUCUACUACUACGUGUCGGCAGACUUCAGGGACAAGGCCAAAAGCCUGCUCUGUUGCCUCGGCGACGCCCCGCCGCCGGCCGACCCGCCCGGCAAAGCGUCCGCGUCGGGGCCGAGGACGACAGUCACCCUUCUGUCGGUCUCCGCGCGGACCUGAA